UUCUUGUGAUCCUGUCACCCAUCCGACCGUCCAUCCUAUCCCACCUAUAUAUGCCAGCUUGCUCUGCCUCCCAGGGCCAGUGCGCGCGCGCUCUACUGCUCUGUGCUCCGUCCCAGCGUUUCAGAGCUGCUGCUGCUGCUGCUUGACUGUUGGGAGCACAGCAGCGUGCACGGGGUAGAUAGGAGGAGACAGGGAAGGGCGAGGCCGAGGGGAGAUGGCUUGGAAUGGCCGCUUCGGCGACGAGGAGGGGAGGGGCCUGGAGCUCAGCCUCGGCCUCCCGGGCUACUUCUCCAAGUCGCCAACCCACGCUGCAGCUUUGGAGGAAAAGGGGAGCGCUGGCUCUGCUGCCGCCGCCACUGCUCGAGCGAAGGGAAGCAAUGGCUUCAAGGCGAGUCCGGCGGCAGCUGCUCCGGUCGUCGGAUGGCCGCCGGUGCGCGCAUUCCGGCGGAACCUCGCCUCGUGGUCCUCCAAGCCGCCGUCCCACGAGCCAUCAAGCCAGAGGGGCAGUGAUCCCACGGGCGCCGGCAAGGCCGUUGAGGCCGGCAAGAAGGGGCUCUUCGUGAAGAUCAACAUGGACGGCGUCCCCAUCGGCCGGAAGGUCGACCUCAGGGCGCACGCCGGCUACGACACGCUCUCCGCCGCCGUCGACCACCUCUUCCGCGGCCUCCUCGCCGCUCAAACAUCAGGAGGGGAGCAGGAGGUGAUCACCGGGGUCCUGAACGGCAGCGGCGAGUACACGCUGGUCUACGAGGACGAGGAGGGCGACCAGAUGCUAGUCGGAGACGUGCCAUGGGAGAUGUUCACCAGCACGGCGAGGCGUCUGCGCGUGCUGAGGAGCUCCGAUCUGAGCCCGUCUUCGACGCUGGUGUAUGUUCUUGCUUUGCAGCUAAGAGCAGCUAGCAGGAAGAGAGCAGCAGCUGAGUGCUGAACUGGUGGCUGAGUUGGAGUCUGAACUAAGUCUGAGCGUCUUUUCCCCUAGCCAUCUGUGUAAAUCUUCAAGUAGUUUCUUCUAGUAUCAUAUUCGUAGUGUUUUGCCCAUCAUGCUACAGAAGCAAGAACCAAGAGUUGAUCGGUGCUGUUAGAAUCAUGUGAUGCUAGGACCUGUAUCAGAACCUUUUUUUUUAAGGGAAGUUUGGCUGUGCUCUCAAGGGAGGUGUGUCUGUUCA